AUGACAGUGGAAGCAGAUGACUUGGACCAAGACAAUCCUGGCACCGAGGACGGGGAGAAUCUGUUGGACUCUCUGACGGGCCAGCCUCACCCAGACGACGUGUUGCUGUUUGCAGUGCCAGUGUGCGCCCCCUACACAGCGCUCACCAACUACAAGCACAAAGUGAAACUGACCCCUGGAACACAGAAGAAGGGAAAAGCCGCCCGCACCGCUGUCAUGAGCUUCAUGCGUGCCAAAGAAUGCAGCACCAGAGAGAAAGACCUUUUCCGCAGCGUCAAGGACACAGACUUGUCGAGGAACAUGCCUGGCAAAGUGAAAGUGUCUGCGCCCAACCUGCUGGCCGUGAAGAAGAAAUGAAAUCCCCCAAAACCUCCUCACAGGGUUUUCCCCCCCGUCCCUGGGUUCGCCACACGGGGGCGGCGAUAAAAGACCAAGACGCGGCUGGUUUGGACGCGCGCGCGCUGAUCCGAGUCGGACCAGCGCAGAUCCAGUUAACGGUGCCGUGUGUCAAAGUGACAGAAGUCGGAACGCUGUUUCCUGCUUCCCCGCUUUUCGCCUGGCACGUCGCUGCCAAAACGAAGAAAAGAAACAAACCGAACAAAAAAUGAAAUCUAUUGCUCUGUUUAUUUUCCUCUCUCACGAGACAUUUUAAUUCUUGUGUAUUUUACAUAAAAUGUCCAACUCUACGUCUGAUUGACGGCUCUUUUUCUUUUCUUUUCUUUUCUUUUUUUUUUUUUUUUUUUCCUUUGUGCAAAUUAGAUCAACAAAUUAAACGUUUGGAAAACGAGC